AUGGUUCUGCCUUCAUCUAACGCAGCAACGACUAAUGGAGGUCAUGAUGCUGUCGAAAACCCUUCAGGACCUCAUGUCCCGUUCUCGACGCAGCCUUCUUCCAUGAACACCGCCACUGCAACCUCUGGCAACCCAGCCACAGACACCUUGCAGACAAUUGAGGAACAAGAUUUCAUCCGAGCUGUCCAACUAUCUCUUCAGGAUCAGGCCCAAGUAAAGCACGAACCAGACACUCAACCCCAAAUCCAGAAAGGGUUCUCUCACUGUCAGCCAUCUUUGCCGUCGUCGUCGUCAUCGUCGUCGUGGUGUGAGCCAUCAGUUCCUCUGGUCUUGAGUUUGAACAAUGAGUUCACCCCCCUGAACGACCAGAUGGGCGACACUGCCAUCUAUUUUGGCUUUCCCCCACAGAUGCCGGAGCAAAAUGACAAGGACUAUCAGUAUAUCAAACAACAUUUUGAUCGUGUCCAUGUUGUCCAAAGCACAAAUCUUAGGCUCAUGGGGCAAGAGUCCAGGUUUGCCAAAGAGCUUUCGAAUCCAACAAAGUUAUAUCGUGCCGAAAGAAAGCUGAGGAAGCUGGGUGUCUUAAGCAGAGCGGAGGCUGCGCAUGGAGGCAAGUUCAAGUACUACAUCGAUCUCCGCCCGCCGCAUGAAGAUGAAGAAGCCGUCAUUCUCAUCACUGACCAGACCUGUACACGCGGUGUGCUUACAUGGUAUCUGGCAAUGAACAAGUAUGGUCUGUCUCCUCUCGCCGUACUGGGCCACGACGAAUUCGGCGUACAGCCUCACAUCGAGGAGAUGCUCAAGCCGGUGGCACCGCAGGAGCCUGAAAAUUCAACCUCGACCUCUGCCAACACGACAAAGCCGAGAUCAAAGAGUGAGUCUUCGAGCGAAAAGCCAGCGCCUCCAGCACCAAAACAACAGAUUUCCCCAGAAUACUCGCCGCUGCGGCACUGGUCCGCCCUCGAACGAGUGCUCCAGGCCAUUCAAGGGAACGAUCCGAAGCUGGACUCUGCCCCCAAAGUCUGGACUUUUUUCGCCGUCGCUCGAUAUUUUGGCUGCGCUACUCACGAGCGUAUCUCAGGAUGGAUCAUGACUUGGCUUUACGCGGGUAAUAAUAGCAACUUCAUCCAAAACAACCCGGAAGUGGCAUAUCGUAUAGGUCUGGGCAUUAAAUCACCGGACCUCAUCAAAGACUCAUUCUCCAUCCUCGUGGGCGAGAGGGCACUUGUUGAGGUCUGCGGCGAGUUCAACCCCGAGAUUUUGACCCGCCGCCGUCAAAGCGUACACGGCCGAAAACUCGAGCUUCUCGACGAUGAUGAACGCAAUCGAAUUGAUCACGCUGCUUCGUCGUUCGUCAAGCGAAUUCGCGAGAUCGUCUGCAGUAUGUGUCAAGACAUGGACUUUCUGCACGAUAACGCAGCUUAUGCGAUCCUUGAAAAUGCCGUCGGAAAAACCCAGAAAGCAAUGGAGGUGCUGAAGUCGACCAAGACCACUGUGAGGGAGUACAUCAGUUCUAGAAUCUAUUACGUUCUAUGCCAGGAUCAAGGAAACCUCAGGGAUCUGGAGCCGGACCCCAAGUCCACUCUUUCGUUUCGGUCGGCUUCUGGUGAAGACUACAGCACCGUCUAUCGGACUCUCAAUCAACAGAUGAGGCACUUCACCAAGACAUUCUGGAUAGCGUUGCAGUAUACGCAGUUUGACGAGGGCACCCACAGCACGUCCAACGACGGCACGAUUGGCUGGAAAAUGGAGACGAAGUACCACAAGCAUCUUCAGGAGCUCCAUCACGAUCACUCUUUCAAUGGAGUUGCUCGAGUGGCACGGUCCACCUUCGAGCGCAAGAUCAAUCUCAUCAACCAGAUGUUUCACUAUGGAGAGGUCGUCGAGGGAAAGCGAUCUCCUAAGCGUCGCAAGACCAACGAAGCAGCCGAUGCCGACCACGCUUUCCGCGAUACAGAUAAUGCAAGACUGUCCCCCAAUGUCUCAAUGCACGCGACUCCUUCAUGGAGGUGUGCUCCGCCCGGGCCAGCACCGGGCACCGAGCCACCUGUCUUUCCAUUGAGACCCAAUCCAAUGAGGACAGGAGGCGCACUGCAAGACAUGAACAAUAUCCCAGCCUACGGCUCCUAUGGGAAGCGGAAAGAGAUUCCUAUACGUCCAAAGGAAACAGUACCAGCAACGCUUCAGGCCGACUCACCUCCGAUAGCUCCAGUAGGAGCAGCAGACACGUCUUCCUCUUCGGCUUCAGACACAUUCUUCAACCCAUAUACCGGCAGGCAUGAAGAAAUGAAUCCCACCUACGAGGAUGAGUUGGCUCCUCGAACCCCCAAUCGCAUCAAACAAGCCUUUUCCAACACCAAUACUGACCAUGAAGCAUCCAGGCCGUUGCCCCCCAGCUUCCGUUACCCUAUCGAUCCUGCGGCAUUGCUCACCAAUGUCAGCACGGCCAUCGAAACAAUCUGUUCAAGGAUCCUCUUCCCACCUCACCUCUUCCACCAGACCGGUCUACUUCCCACGGACCUUUAUGACAACCUUCUGUGUCUCACAGACAACGAAUUCCGCUAUCUGCCACUCUGGGUACCUGGUGGCAACGACGACGGCACGGGAGGGGUGUAUGAAGGAGUGCCCGUCCCGAAUCUCGAUCCGAUACAGACAGGGGUUGAAAGCUUUGGCCCGGGACGGAUCAAACGGGGGUUCGAUCAAGCGGAGACUGCUGGCAGUGACUUCGACGAGAUCAGCAGUUCCCAGGCGAUCAGCACCGUAGGCAAGGCUAGUAAGCUUGCGACGGAUGGGACCCGGACGGUGAAGAGUGUGUCGAGUGCCAGCACCACGACGGUCAAACGAGAGACUGCGUGCGCAGACCUCUUGGAUAACCCUGCCGUUAUAGACCACAAUGUCGUCCACGUGGACCAAGUUCCUUCCGGAACGGACGAAGAGGGGGAUACGGACAUGCUGGAUGACGAGGACCUCGACGACGAGGACGAGGACGCUACUGCUAUUGCUGAUGGUGAUGAAGACGAGUUCGGGGGAGGGGGUUCCGAUAGCGACGGAUUCAACUGGGACGACGAGCCGGCGGGGGCAUCGCCAACAGACUCGAAGGUCUUCGAAGGGAGCGUCAACCAGGACGGAGCUGACCAUCAAUCCGACCAAGGUCAAGCGCAUUGUUAUACCCAGACCAGCACCCACGAAGCCCACCAGGAGGACAUCGAGACCAUUCCACACGACGCCGGGACCGAUACGGCCACUAGGGACAGUGGAAAAGGCAAAGCCAAAGCCCAGAACUUCCCGCACGGGUUCGUCCUCCCUGAUCUCCCACGGGGAGCCCACGACGACCCGGCCACCGAGACGGAGCAGCAGCAGACUCGCCCUCUCCCCCAGCGUCCCCAUCCCCAUCGCAUUGACACCUCGAGCUCGAGCUCCAGCUCGGUCGUUUUGAUCGACGCGGACGAUGAUUUCGAAUUUAUCUGA